GAACUACUGGAAGAAUCUCUUCGGCUGCCGACCCCGGCAAGUCCAGCGGACUGGCGAGUGGUUCGCCAAGAACCCAGGAGCCUUCGCUGCCUCCUGGGACGAGGAUGGCAUCACAGUCUACCACAUCCCAAACCACGAGAUUCCGGCAGACCUCAAG